UGGCGCAGCUAAUAGCGCCAUAGCGAAAGGGAAACAGAGGGCUUGAGUUGACAGUGUGACAGAUUAACUCUGGACUGUUUGGGAGCGACCUUCCGCCGGUUCUCUCAGUGUAAGCGGCAGCAGUGUGUUGAACUGAGCGGUGACGGAUAUCAACCUGCUUUUAAAAAAAAGAAGAAGAAAAAGAGAGAAAGGAAAAAAGAAAACCGUCCGAGAGCCGCGCACAAUCAAUCCCGCAGCAUUGAAAUGGACCAGAUAGGACGCCUGGCGCUGCUUCGGAUUCCUCUGUGCGCUGCCCGAUGAGCCGUUUGGCGCAGGCUGCUGCUGCUGCUGCUGCUGCUGCUGCUCUCUGCGCUGUCAUGUUGUUGUGGAUGCAGCCAGCAGGCGUGUUGACAGCAGCAGAUUUCAUGUGCAUCCACAAACUCUACAUUCAAUGUAUAAAUCACGAAUUGAUGGGACCGAGUUAAGCCGAGUGCUACGACAACACAAGCCUGAAUGUUUAGCGCGACAGAGGAGAUCCCUGUCAAUCCUUAGACUCUGUACGACUACCUCAAGACACGGGAACAAAAGAAAAGCUCCCAAAACAACUUCAUCUAACGUCAACCGACUCAGGGGAAAUGGAGAAGUGACAGCUGAAGACCAGCAGGCAACAAAAGGCUGAUCCUUCCACCAGUCCGCCCGAGACAUGUCGGGACUGAAGCGCCAUCAUGACGGGAAGAUCGCCGGGCUGUACGAUCUCGAUAAGACACUGGGCCGAGGACACUUCGCAGUGGUCAAGUUGGCACGACAUGUCUUCACCGGAGAGAAGGUCGCAGUGAAAGUCAUAGACAAGACCAAGCUGGACCCGGUGGCACGGGGCCACCUUUUCCAGGAGGUCAGAUGCAUGAAAAUGGUCCAGCACCCCAACGUGGUGCGCCUUUACGAGGUCAUCGACACGGCCACCAAGCUCUACCUCAUUCUCGAGCUGGGCGACGGGGGAGACAUGUACGACUGCAUCAUGAAGCACGACGGAGGCCUCAGUGAAGAGGUGGCCAAGUGCUACUUUGCCCAAAUCGUCCACGCCAUCUCCUACUGCCACCGGCUCCACGUGGUUCACAGGGACCUGAAGCCUGAAAAUGUUGUUUUCUUCGAGAGGCAGGGCGUCGUCAAGCUCACCGACUUCGGCUUCAGCAACCGCUUCCAGCCCGGAAAGACGCUGAACACGUCCUGCGGCUCGCUGGCUUACUCGGCUCCUGAAAUACUGCUGGGGGACGAGUACGACGCUCCGGCAGUCGAUAUCUGGAGUCUGGGGGUGAUCCUCUUCAUGCUGGUGUGCGGUCAGCCUCCCUUCCAGGAGGCCAACGACAGCGAGACCCUCACCAUGAUCAUGGACUGUAGAUACACGGUGCCUCCGCACGUCUCCCCUGCCUGCAGAGACCUUAUAGGCCACAUGCUACAGAGAGACCCAAAGAAACGAGCGACGCUAGAGCAGAUCGAGGGCCACGAAUGGCUCCAAGGCGUCGACCCCUCCCCGGCCACCAAGCUGUCCACCCCUCUGGUGUCGUACCGCAGCCUAUCGGAGGAAGAGCACGGCUCCAUCAUUCAGCGCAUGGUGCUGGGGAGCAUCGCCGACAGAGACGCCAUAACCGAGGCUCUGGAGUCGAACCAAUACAACCACAUCACAGCUACCUACUUCCUGCUGGCGGAGAGGAUGCUGAGGGACAGGCAGGAGAAAGAGCAGCAGCACAGCCAGACGCGGUCGCCCAGCCCAAGCAAGGCCCAGUUCAGGCAAUCUUGGCCUACCAGAGUAGAUGUUCACCAGGAAGUCAGUGACGGGAUUGGAGGUCCUGCCAUAUCCCACCCCGGAGGGCCCCAGUCCCCCGCCCGCAGUGCUGAGAGCCUCCACAAAGGUCCUAGACCUAAAACCGCACUGCUGGACCUCAGUCAGCGGCAGGAGAUCCAGACGCCACCUUCCAGCCAACCGCAGGCUGCACGACAAAAUCAGGAGAAGAGUUUGAGGCCCCUGGCGAAGCCCCACUCCAACCCCCUCAGGAUGGGCUCCCUGGGGUCUGUGGGACCGUGCAAACCACGAAGUCCCAGUCUGUUCAGCGUCGAAGAGGACGAGGAAGAAGAAGGAGCGGAGGACAAAUGCUUGCCCCCUUCUGCUCUGCCUUCGCAAGUAGUGCUUCGCUCCAAAGCCUCCUGCUCCUCUUCCUCCAUGUCUUCUUCUAGCAAUCGUAUGACUUCUCGAAUGAGCGCUCCGGUUCUAAACCAGAUCCACGAGGAAGACAAAGAAGACGACGAAGAGGAGGAAAGUAGAGAAUUACGUGGAUUUGGUCCUCCUAAACCAAGUCUUAGCCUCAAUUUGAACUCUAGAAUUCCAUCUCCAUCAACGCUAAUAUCCUCUCCUAAGACGCCAACAAACGCCACUUUUACCCCCAGCUCAGAGACGAGUGACGAAGAGACAGAGAGUCAUUUUAAACCUCACGCAUUGACUGUGGUGGGACAAGAGGACGAUAGGGAAGACAGGAAAGGGGACGGAGAAAAAAGAGGGGCAGAACAGGGCAGUCCACCCAACUGUGCCAGUCCGGGGUCGGGGUCAGUACAGGGGAAGGGUACGGCCAAAGCAGCCAGUGGGCUGGUGGAGAGCCUAAAACUCAUGAGUCUGUGUCUGAGCUCUCAGUUCCACAACCUGACGGGCGGAGGUGGAGGCGGAGGAGGAGGAGGCGGCGGUGGAGGUGGAGGCGGCAGCGUCGGCGUCAGCAGCAGCGUCGGGGCCGACUCCCAAGAGCGCCCCAUGUGGCGGAUGUGCAUGGGCGGCUCCACCGGCAGCCUGGACAAAGUGUCGCUGCUCGGCGGGCCGUCGCCAAAGGGGAACUUUUACCACCAGCCGCCGCUGGGGGACGUGCUGGCGGACCCCCUGCUGGACGGACCCUGCUCGGGAACCCUGAGACUGGGGGAGCUGGACUUGGCCCGGGAGAACCACAGGAACAUAAAGAACCGCGCGCUGCAGAUGCCUCUGAACGAGAAGACGCUGUCGGUCAACAUUCACCGUGGCCCCAAGGAGGGUCUGCUCUGCACCCCGACCCCACACAGCUGCUGCCAGGUCAUAUAGCCCCACGCGGCCGUGUCAGUCACACUCCACCCCCCUCUCCCGUUCAAAUCACUUCUCUUCCUGCUUUUUAUUCAGCUUACAACGACCGGUUGUCGUGAGUUCACACUGUUUUAAUUUGAUUUAUUUUUUUUUUCGUUCUUGUUUGGUGUUGAUUAACACCUAACGGUGGGUCGCUGGGAGGGAACCCAAACGGCAAAAUUGCACAUUUGGAGACGUAAAAAGUCUCCACGGAGGAGACGGCGCGUAGGUACGUGAAGCACUUUCAGUAAUAUUAAACAGAACACUAAGGGGACGUUUUGACUUGACGGUGUGUUUAAUCUGAGUCUUUAAAAAUAGAAGCAGAUAGAGGAGGAGCUCCGAACCGCUCCACUUCUUCACACUUCUUCUACUGUAUGUACACAGUGUUCGCACCCAGAUCACUAAAAUAAGCUGACGGCUGAAAGCUGGCAAACUUUAGUAUUGUGUUACAUAUCAUGAUUUGUGUUUUUUAAAAUGUUUUUUUAAAUGGUUUUUUUAGACAAUCUUUUAUUAUCGUAAUAUCGAACGUCCGUUUUCAUUUGAACGAGGGAAAAAUACAGGGCGAAAAUGGAUAACGGCACUUAAGCAUGAUGGAGGCACACGAUAUAUUUUUUAUCAUUGUUAGAUGUUUUAUUUAUCUUGAACAUGGCCUGCAGAAAGAAAACACACACUUUGGUUUUUGUGUUUUUAUUGGGGUUUUUUUUUUGCUGUUGAAUCUCUGCAGAUUUUGUACAUAUGUGAAUAGCCCGACAGUACUCCGUACCCGUAGUAUUAAUGGUAAAGUCGUAUCGCAGUAGAGACCCGAAUGCUAGAUCCUUGUACGCCAUUAUCCUGUCAUUCCUACUGCAUCGUCAAGAGCUGUUGGGGUUUUUUUUAACGCUCGUAAAAAAAAAAAAAGAAAGAACAUUAAGCGAAAUUUAAACUUGGCAAAGGCAGCUCUGAAAACUCAAAAGCGGCCCUCGAUCGCGUGAGGAAGGGGACAAAAAAACAAAACAAACAAACAACAAAAUAAAAUCAAACUCUGGGUGCAGACACAGACCGCGUCCAUCCUGUAGUUUCUCCAGGAGCACAGUAGCCACUGCUGUAGCGUAUUCCAAGACUACAACAAAAAAGGGGGUUUUUACAAGAACACAACAACACUACCCCGCCCACCCAAGUGUUGAUCUCUGUAACUGAAUGUGCGACCCACCCCUAGUGGAAUAUAUAAACCGAUGACAGUGCAUGUGUUUUUGCUGUAGCAACCCUCAUUUCUCACCCACGAGGUCAAAACCACCUGUUGUCUCUACCUAAGUAAACGGAUAGAAGUGGUCACUUUACUGUAACCUCACAGCAAUACCAGCAACUGCAAAAUGUACAAUGGAUGUGCCAUAAAAAUCUGUCUCAAGCAUAUUGUACUGUAUGUAUAUGAUAGAGAUCUAUUACAAUAAAAAUGAUGUGAAUGAUG